AUUCUUUUAACAAGAGUAAAUUGUUACACGUAUAUUAUACAGUACUUCUCAGUUUAUUAGUUGUAUUUAUUCUAGUCGUAUUCACUUGUCAGUUAUGUGUAAUAGAAUGUAAAGGAUUUAAUCCUUUCCGAAUAUCAAUUUAAGUUAUAAUGUCAAAGUAUCACGCUGUUUCGGACAGGAUCGUGAAGCUUAAUGUUGGGGGUACGUUUUAUUCGUCCACGAAAACAACACUGACCAAGGUAACUGGAAGCUAUUUGUGUCGGCUAAUGACUGGUGAAGUACCAUGCACAAGAGAUGAGAAAGGAAGUUAUUUCAUUGAUAGAGAUGGUCAGGUUUUCAGACAUAUACUUAACUAUCUGAGAAGUGACCGUCUGACAACUCCUUUCGGGUUUCGGGAUCUUAUAUUGCUCAAAGUGGAGGCGGAUUAUUACGGACUUCCGGGUCUCGUUCAGGAAGUAGAGCUCGCGCUAAAUUCGCGCAGGCGCAACAGACGCAGGAGACAGCGGAAAAAGACAAGCCAAAGCGCAACAGAACUUCACCGAGUACACGAAAGGAACGGGGAUCUUUACAUUUCUGACGAAGAUUCAGAUUGGUUCUAUGAUUAGAAGUCAAUGCGGGAUAUCGUUUCUGCCAUAUUUAGGUUACGGGGGUAAUAUUCAUUGCUGCAUUUACAUGUGCGCAAGUUCUAGGAUAAGUGUAUAUGGUAUGAUUGAAUUUCAUGCCUAUUUUCUAAAAUUCAGAUCCUAGUGAUACCCGAUGACAGCUUCUGAUUCUGAUAGAAAAGGCUUCCGUCGACUGAAUUACAUUCUUCAAUAUACAGCUUUUCGUGUGUCCUGACACCUGCACGACUUCAAAGCAGAGCAAACUGAAAUUUCAAGCAACAUAUUAAUGGUUGCGCUUGCGUGUGAAAGUGAACUUUGAAGGUUCUGUAAAUCCAUUCUCGCGUAAUUUUCUUACAGUAACACUGCAAUACGACCAAUAAACUUUCUUUGGCAAUAUCAAUUUUGUGAAUCAUGAUUUUUCGCUUUCGUUAUCAAAAUUGCAGUCAAACGCCUACAGGUAUAUAGGCUUGUUACGAAUUGUGUAAUGUUAUGUGUACUGCAUGUAAAAGGUUACAGAAAGGCUACGUGGAGAGUGGUUAAUUUCGUAUUGAUCUUUGCGGCAACUGGCGGCUUAAGUCAUUCAACAGAUACGAGACCCAAUCUAACUUUAAUCUCGGAGGUAGAAAUGAAACAUCUGUUACCUUUUUUUAUUUCAUCAUCCUAGGUCAAACAAUAGUGUCUUUUGGAAUCAGUUAAGACAAAGUUCAAAGAGAAUAUCGAAGGAUAUCGAUCAAUAUUAUCUUGCUAUUUCUUUGAAAGCAAAUUGUCAUUUUCCUGCCUAAAUAUCCAAGAUCAAACAAUGGACUGCGACAAAAUUAGCUCGUUCUUUCCAAGCUUAACACACUUAUGCGCCGCUUAGUUGGAGGUCCUAACGUGAUAAAGAUGUUUUUUCUUUGCCAUUUCGUUGCUUAGUGCAUGAGCGCACUUGACUUUGUAAGUUGGAGAAUAAACAAUUAUUUUGAUACAAAUAAAUACGAUACAACACAGUUUUUAUAUAGAACAGUAUUUCUAUAUACGUACAAAACCCGUUCAAGAUCUUCCUACCACGAUUCGUUAAUAACACAAACGAAUUUAGAUUGAAAAAAGAAGUUUGUAUACAUCCAAAGAGGACAAAGAAUGUGGCAAAAAUAUAAUGCAUUCUCUCGGCUUGUUGAUGUAUUUAGUAACAACUUUCCCGUUUGUGAAGAAAGGGAAAUCCCAACGUUGACAAAAUUCGCAAAUUAAUUGUUAGCUGUAUCCUAAGUGAUCGGUUUGGAAGUUUGUUUAGUACACGAUGUGGAAGGUUACAUGUACAAUGCAAAACAAAGCACGACGAAGGUCUAAUUUGUACACGCGUGAACAAGUGGUAUGAAUCAUACCAAAGGAAAAAUGUUUAUUGUUUUAAAGACGUGACCAGUCACUAUUGUUUAAAGGAUGGUGAAACAGCCGGGUUUUUCUUUUAAACUCGCAAUAUAUUUAACAUCAUGAAUAUCAUAAUGGAUAGGAUAAGUGAUCGCGUAGCUGACAAUGUGGAGCUAGGAUUGAAUAAUAUUACAUUGUUUUCGUUAUUGAAUAUUUCGCAUAAUACGACGUUCCAUGAACUUAUAUUUGAGUUUGAUAUUGAAUCGGAAGAAAUGCCUGUACUAUUCAACAAUAUUACAAGACGGACUGUGUGCAUGUACAGUGAGAAGAUGGAACGCAUUUGGUCUUUCAAAUAUAUAUUGACUUGAUAACUAUUAAAUCUGGGAGCUGCUCGAGAGCUGGUCAACAACUGAGUAAUGACAAAAAUAAAUAAAGGAGGAAGAAUGAA